GUUUGGCAUCUCCAGAGAGCGAGGACAGGUGGCGUAACGGAGAGGAGGACAUCAAACCUGACCCUCUCAGGUUCAUGCCGGCCAGGCCCCACAUGUGACACCACCACAGCAUGGUCUCCCAUCAGCCUCUUCCAGCUUUUCUUCUCAGCAUCUGUUGUCCGAAAAAUCAUUGACACAAAUGCCAACGCUGCCAAAAGAAAGCAAGCUGGGAUGAAGUUCAAGUGGGAAGUGGUCACCGUGAAGGAUCUUUGCAUAUUCCUCUCCGUUAUCAUCUCCACUGGCCUUGUGACGGUCCACCACAGGUCUGACUACCUUCACCUCAGCGACCCAGAAGAGAACGAGGAGAAUGAGAAGAUAAGGAACAGUGCUGAGUAUUACCGCCUGUUCAAGAUGAAGCUGCUCUACACAGAGAUGGUGAAUGCCUGCAAAGCCCAUUUCCAGGCGUACCAGAAUGUGUCCAUUGAUGAGCGGAUGGUCGCAACCAUCAAGGACACGCCCACAAAGUGGGGUUACAAACUGUUUGUGCUGGCUGAUUCAUCGAUAGCCUAUACCUGGAGUUUCUUUGUCUACGCAGGGAUGGAGCCUCCUCUCUCGUCUCCUCCUGCGGUUCUCAAAGACGGCGAACGGGAUCCGGACUCAGCCGACAAGCGGACUCAGGAGGGCCAGGCGUCCAAGCCUAAACCUCGACGGCCUCCUCGCUUCCAGAAUGCCUGGCUGAAAAGGUUCUGGUUCCUCUGCUACUCGCCGACCCUGGACCUGAUGUGGUGCCACAUCUGCCGCCUCCACUCGGACAGGUCCCACUCCACCAAAGGUCUGAUCAAAGGUUCCAGGAUGUUCAAGUUACAGAACAUCCAUAAGCAUAGUUCCAGCAACCACCACAAGAACAACGAGUCUCGCCACAAGAUGAUGGGGGGUCACCUGCAGCCGUGAGGCAUCACACGGGACUCAUUGUGUCUUCAACCUCUGGUAUAAAUGUAUACAUGUGUUAAAGCUGCAUUCUCUCUAGUGUCCACCAGGGGGCGA